AGCACGGUCUGGCCUACAGUGAACAGCCUGUUACACACACGUCCACUUAGGCGUCUCCACGGUAAGGAACGAGAACAGACUCCAUUCGGUCUGAAUAGGACAAACAGUUUGUAGCUGCGCCUCUGAACCCGCAGAUGGGUUAUGCAGUACCCAUUGCCCGGCAUCGCCGGACAGUCAUAUAUGCAUGUUUGGCCGUCAUCAUCGUGUCCCUGCUGGUCGCCUUCUCACAGCAACGAUGGGCUCUGAUGGACAUGUUUGACACGACCCCGGGAACCAUGAGGCCGUCACUUGGAGUAACAGGCCCACAGAAACACAGGGUCAUUGUUACCUCCAAAGGUAGGACUGUGUCACUGUCGCCAAUACAAGCAAUUCAACCGGAGCCGACGCAGACGACACAUUGCCCGGAUAUUCUAGGUCACAUGACCCAGGGAAGAUGGCGGACGUCGGUUCUCACAAGGAAGGAGAGCAACGCGAUUCUUGUGUUCCUCACCCACCCGGAAGCGCGGUAUCGCUUUCCUCCCGAAUAUCAGCGGAGGGAUGCCAAGUGUGGUAACGUGUCUCACGAUAAUCCAAAAUAUGAACCGUUGAUCCGAGCCCUGUGUAACCCACUCGGUCAGACGCCAUGUUGUUACAACAAUCAUUGUGAGGAGAGGCCUGUCCACGAGUGUUUCUGCCCCAACUGCAUUGAUAUACGACGGGAGAGACAUGCCGAGUUUUCCACGUGGGUGCCCUCGGACACGCGGUGCAAGUACAAAACCUAUUCCGCCAAGGAAGCUUGCCGUGUGUUGACAGGAACCGUCCUUCAUUUUGUGGGCGACUCCUUCGUCCGACAUCUCCACACAGCGAUGUUGUUGCUGCUGAGCGGAAACGUUCAGACUGGUGCUCUCAACGCGGGGGUGCCAACAGAUAUCCUUGGCAAGUGCUCGGGUUGGUACAUGUUCACGGAGAAGACAUGCCGACAUCACCUCAACUACAACUACGUCGGCUGCGGCGGCAGUGUGCGCGUCGUCAUGAAGUACUACUACAAUAGCGGGACGGGCAGGCGGCUGAAGGAGGAGACGUUGCGGGAGCUGAAGACGCCGCGGACGAUGUUAGUGAUGGGAAUAGCAACCCACGACGCCCAUAGCUCCAAGAGGGUUAAAGGAGGGUUCCUAAGUCCCGUUCUGAAUGCGAUGAAGAAUAUGUCCCUGACAUGGCCCAAGUUGCUGUGGGUUGAUCAACACGCCCCGGGUUUAACGAAGACACCCUGGGAUCUGGAAAAAAGCAGGGAAAAGGCAAAAACUUUCAAUUCCGAGAUGGAGCCGUAUCUUAGAGAAUGGUCUGUCCCCAUACUUAAAACGUAUAAUUUAACAGACGGGAUGUGCAGUUUUGAUUCCGAACACUAUGGGAGGGGGAUAAACAUGGCAAAGGCAAAUCUUCUUUUGAACUACAUUGAGGAGAUACAACGGAAGGGGGAGUGGUCAUAGCUUACACAACUGACAGGGCAGUGUUAAAUUAUGACGAUCUGUAAGUAUUACAUAUUUAUUUGCAUACUGGGAGUGUUAAAGAUCAGACCAUUUAAUAUUCAGAGUGUGUGUAUGUGUGUUUGGGGCGGAGGUGUGUUGUUUUUGUUGUUGUUGUUUUU